ACUGUCAGUCUAUCUAUGUACUUCCAUACACUAAUUGAAAAAAAACAAACAAAGAAGAAGUCUCUGUUCUGAUAUAUGAGACAUUAAAAGGACAGCAAAAUAAUUAGCGGUGAAAAUAUGCGUGUGCGUGAAUUAGGGGCCACCGGGGCCCCACUCACUGAAAGAGGCAGUCUGUCUUUUAUGUGAAGUGGGAAUGACUGUGUAACUUGAGUCGGGAUGAAAACUGUGCUCCAGAUCCGGCUGCCCGUCCAGAUGCAGCUCGCCGAACAGAGACGGAAGGUGCAGGAUGGAUCCCGUCCCGCUGCUGCUCAUCCUGCUCGCGUCGUGGCCCCUGUCCUCGGCGGUCUACGACGGGCCCCUCCAGCCGGAGAUCUCCAACGGCACCUUCCAUCACUUCUUCGUCCCGGACGGGGAUUAUGAGGAGACUGUCGACCCGGAGCACUGCCAGAUGCUGUUCAAGUUCUCCAACGUGGUUCCGUGCGCGGCCGCGGAGGAGAGCGACGCCGCGGUGCGCGACGACUUCAUCAUCACCAAGCUGCAGGCGGAGGACGCGGCGCGGCUGCUGGAGGGCAUCGGCCGCGCCGUGGCGCACGACCUGGACGGAGAGGACAGCUACGGGAAGUUCCUUCUGAAGGAGAUCUCCCAGAUCGGCGAGGCCUUCUCCAGCGUGGACAAAUCGCUGGUGGAGCUGGAGGUGAAGUUUAAGCAAAGUCAAGAGACUGAGCUGAGGGAGGAAGAGCAGCUGAACGGCUACGUGGUGAAGCAAGUGAGCGACAUCAGAGGCGCUCUGAGGGAAACCACCGACAUCUCUCAGGGACUCAGAGACAGACAUGAGCUGCUGUCUCUCAUCAUCCGCAGCCAUGGCACCAGACUGAGCCGCCUGAAGACUGAGUUCCUCAAUGUGGGCUCAUGAAUGUGCUUGGGAGACAGUGAGUAAUAUAAAAGAACCAGUUCAUCAAGCAACUUUAAAGUGUACUGUGGUUUAUGAAUAUGCCUCUGAAGUAUUUCACCCUGACCUUUUGGGUGUUCUCGUUCCGCGGAGCUAUGCGGGGAGCUGUAACAAAAAUAUCAACACAUUCCUCUAAGACAGGAGUGGGAAAAGCAAUGGGUGGAUAAAGUAUGGCUGUGCCACCACCUAGGGCUUUAUUCAGUCAGAAUUAUUAAUGUCAAUCUGUAUUAUUUGAACGUUGUUGAUAGUUCAUUGAAUAAAUAUCUAUUUCGUAACAA